AUGGGCUUGUCUUCGACUCGGCGGCCAUCACAGCUGAACCCGGAUGAAACUCGCAGUGUGCUGGCACGGGCACUCAACGUAUGGGCACAGGCGUCACGCCUUACCUUCACAGAAAUCAACUCGGACGAGGCUGAUAUCGUCGUUUCCUUUGCUAAGCGUUACCAUGACGACGCGUAUCCAUUUGACGGGCGCGGCGCGAUCCUUGCUCACGCGUUCUUUCCUGGCUCUGGCCGCGGUGGAGAUGCACACUUUGACGAUGACGAGCUGUGGCUGCUGCAACCAAGAGACGACGAUGAAGAAGGAACUUCACUUUUUGCGGUGGCUGCCCACGAGUUCGGCCAUUCAUUGGGACUGAGCCACAGCUCUGUAAAGGGUGCGCUUAUGUUUCCGUGGUAUCAAGGCAUUCAACAAAACUUUGUUUUACCAGAAGAUGAUCGCAAUGGUAUCCAACAAAUGUAUGGUCCUAAAACAGACACAACACAAUGGGGAAAAGUACCACAAUUUCGGCCGACUACCACUACCACGACAACAACCACCACCACUACCACGACUACCACCACUCGACGACCAUACAUUCCUUAUCAUGAUCGCCAUCACAACAGACAUCCAGAACAAUACCCUAACAGAGGGUACACCCCACGCAUUCCCAAUAGAUACCCUGAACGACAUUAUCCUGAUCACCGCCGCCAUUACAAUACGAGCGACGAACACCCGCGACGCACGAAUCACCACCACACCUACCGCCCCACUGAACGUACCACCCAUCCCACUACCUAUCGCCCGCGGUAUCCCUAUGUGCAGCCCGAGUACCCGAGUAAUCCUAGACCUCACUACCCGAACGAUCCUAGGCAAGACAAUCCAAGGAAGCCGUACUAUCCAGAGAAGACAACUCAGCGAACGACGACCACGACUCCUUCAGACAAACCUGACACGUGUGACACUAGUUAUGACGCAGUCGCGCUCAUACGUGGCGAGCUCUUCAUAUUUAAAAAUCGAUACCACUGGAGGAUAGGAGCUCAUGGACGCUAUCCUGGAUAUCCAAUGGAAAUAACUAGAAUGUGGGCUAGUCUACCAAAGGAUCUUACACACGUAGAUGCAGUUUAUGAAAGACCGGAUCGCAAAAUAGCUAUUUUUAUAGGUAAACAAUUGUUCUUGUUCGACUCACAACAUUUGUUGCCGGGAUACCCGAAACCGUUAUCAGCGUUUGGUCUACCAGCAAGUUUAGAAAAACUAGACGCUGCCAUGGUUUGGGGUCACAACGGCAAUACUUAUUUCUACAGUGGCUCUAUGUACUGGAAAUAUGACGAAGAAAAAGGUCGCGUAGACUACGAUUAUCCUCGCAACAUGGCGAUGUGGAAAGGCGUGGGCUACAAUAUCGACAGCGUGUUUCAAUGGAAAGAUGGUAAAACGUAUUUCUUCAAAGGUAAAGGUUUUUGGAAGUUCAACGACCUUCACAUGCGCGUUGAAAAUGAUAAACAAUACCCAUCAGCGACCUUCUGGAUGGGAUGCGCCACAGAACGCUCGGGUCGGCGCGCUGGCUACAAGACCCCACCUGCGCCCGGCUCAACCCUACGCUCACCUAGUGCUGCAACUAAUUUAUCCAUCAAUUUACUAACGUUCUUAUACUCCACACUUUUAAUAGUGACUACUUAUAUUAGGUACUGUUAG